AUGCCGCUGGCACAGUUGGCAGAUCCUUGGCAGAAGAUGGCAUUGGGGAGGGCGAUAAAGGUUAGGGAUGUCUCUGUGCAGAAACUCUUUCGCAGGGAGCUGCACCCUCCGUUCAAACCUGCCACUGGCCGACCUGACGACACCUUCUACUUUGACCCUGAGUUCACCGCCAAAACACCCAAAGAUUCCCCAGGUGUACCUCCCAGUGCCAACGCCCACCAGCUGUUUAGGGGAUUCAGCUUUGUGGCCAUAACGUCCGAAGAGGAGACACAACCCCUACCCAACACGAUCGUACAGCAGCUGCACAGAAGCACAUCGCAGUUCUCGGACACGUACGAGAUCAAGGAGGACAUCGGGAUCGGCUCCUACUCCGUCUGCAAGCGCUGCGUCCAGAAGAGCACAGGCAUGGAGUUUGCCGUCAAGAUCAUCAGCAAGGUCAAGAGGGAUCCCACGGAGGAGGUGGAGAUCCUGCUCCGAUAUGGCCAGCACCCCAACGUCAUCACCCUGAAGGACGUGUAUGACGACGGCAGGUCCGUGUAUCUGGUCACAGAGCUGCUGAAGGGAGGGGAGCUGCUGGACAAGAUCCUCAGACAGAAGUUCUUCUCCGAGAGAGAAGCCAGUGCCGUCCUCUACACCAUCACCAAGACAGUGGAGUACCUCCACAUUCAGGGGGUGGUGCACAGAGACUUGAAGCCUAGUAACAUCCUGUAUGUGGACGAGAGCGGGAACGCCGAGUCCAUCAGGAUCUGUGACUUUGGCUUCGCCAAGCAGCUGAGGGCGGAGAACGGUCUGCUCAUGACGCCCUGCUAUACCGCUAACUUUGUAGCCCCGGAGGUACUGAAGAAGCAGGGCUAUGAUGCAGCCUGUGAUAUCUGGAGUCUAGGUGUUCUACUCUACACCAUGCUGACAGGGUUCACUCCCUUCGCUAACGGACCAGAAGACACUCCAGAGGAGAUCCUGGCUCGGAUCGGCAGUGGCAAGUUCUCUCUGACUGGAGGCUACUGGAACUCUGUCUCAGCAGAGGCCAAGGAGCUGGUGUCUAAGAUGCUGCACGUCGACCCCCACCAGAGGCUGACUGCGGGCCAGGUCCUCCGACACCCCUGGGUGACACACAGAGACCAGCUGCCCAAAUACACGCUCAACAGACAGGACGCGCCCCACCUGGUCAAGGGUGCCAUGGCAGCGACCUACUCCGCCCUAAACAGGAACGUACCACCAGUCCUGGAGCCUGUGGGCUGUUCCACUCUGGCCCAGCGGAGGGGGGUGAAGAAGCUUACUUCCACCGCCCUGUGACCUCAUGACCUUAACCUCUUCCCUGGUGACUCCGACCUCUGACCCCCUGCUGGGGAGAGGGGGGGGGAGGCACAGUCAACCCUCCUCCUGGGCCCACGGGUGACCCUGGAGCACCUGGGACCACCAACGCCAAAUAGAAGCACAGCGACCCCUCCCCCCCUCCCCCUUGCCCCUUUUACCUCCAUUCCAUGACCACCCCCCCCCCCCCCCCC